GUGUGUCACAGUUGUGUUGUUAUUCUGUUGUACAGAAACGUCUUGAAUAUCAUAUUUUGUCUUUUUUCCCGAUUUUGACAAGAAAUAAACAAAUUUCUUCAAAAUGAUGGAAGUCGACAUGGAAUCUAAAGAGGACAAAAGGAAAAUGCCAAAAAUAGCAAAGGUGAAAAAUAAAAUGCCAGCGCCUGUUCAAAUAACAGCGGAACAGCUGCUGAGAGAAGCAAAAGAAAGGGAGCUAGAGCUUGUCCCACCGCCACCAAAACAGAAGAUAUCUGACCCAGAUGAGCUGCAAGCAUAUCGUCUGAGACAGCGAAAGAUGUUUGAGGACAAUAUUAGAAAGAAUAGGGGUAUGAUGACAAACUGGAUCAAAUAUGCUGCAUGGGAGGAAAGUCAGAAAGAAAUACAAAGGGCAAGGUCUGUACAUGAAAGAGCAUUAGAUGUAGAUCAUAGAAAUAUCACAGUUUGGCUGAAAUAUGCUGAGAUGGAAAUGAGAUGCCGUCAAAUAAAUCAUGCCAGAAAUAUAUGGGACAGGGCUGUUACAGUGUUGCCGCGGGCAAACCAGUUCUGGUACAAGUACACAUACAUGGAGGAAAUGUUGGGAAACAUUGCAGGAUGCCGUCAAGUAUUUGAGAGAUGGAUGGAAUGGGAACCAGAAGAACAAGCCUGGCACUCCUAUAUCAACUUUGAACUGAGAUACAAGGAGCUUGACAGAGCCAGAAUGAUUUAUGAACGAUUUGUGAUUGUACAUCCUGAGGUGAAAAACUGGAUAAAAUAUGCCAAGUUUGAGGAGAAGAACAGCUAUAUUAACAGUGCUAGGUCGAUCUAUGAGAGAGCUGUCGAGUAUUUUGGUGAGGACAACAUGGACGAGAAACUUAUCAUAUCAUUUGCUAAAUUUGAAGAAGGCCAAAAAGAGCAUGAGAGAGCUAGAGUUAUAUACAAAUAUGCUCUAGACCAUCUACCAAAAGAGAAAUGUCAGGAAAUAUAUAAGAAUUACACAAUACACGAGAAAAAAUUUGGAUCUCGGGCAGCUAUUGAAGAUGUUAUUGUCAGCAAAAGAAGAUUUCAGUAUGAAGAGGAGGUAAAAACAAAUCCUCUAAACUAUGAUGCUUGGUUUGACUACCUGAGACUGCUGGAAGCAGACGGCAAUGUGGACCAGAUUAGGGAUACAUAUGAACGAGCAAUAGCUAAUAUACCACCAUCACAGGAUAAAAGGUUCUGGAGAAGAUAUAUAUAUUUGUGGAUAAACUACGCGCUGUACGAGGAAUUAGAGACUGAAGAUGAGGAGAGGACGCGGCAGGUUUACAAAGCUUGCCUCGAUAUCAUUCCACAUAAAAAAUUUACUUUCGCCAAAAUAUGGCUUCUCUUUGCUCAGUUUGAAUUACGUCAGAAGAAUCUCCAAAAUGCUAGAAAAGUUAUGGGAGUUGCAAUAGGAAAAUGUCCAAAGAACAAAUUAUUUCGAGGUUAUAUAGAUAUGGAACUACAGCUCAGGGAAUUUGAAAGGUGCCGAGUGUUGUAUGAAAAAUUCUUGGAAUUUGGACCAGAAAAUUGUACAACUUGGAUGAAGUAUGCAGAAUUGGAAAGUAUUCUUGGAGAUGUUGAAAGAACUCGAGCCAUAUAUGAGCUAGCUAUAUCACAGACCAAGCUGGAUAUGCCUGAAGUUCUAUGGAAAGCCUACAUUGACUUUGAGAUCGAGCAAGAAGAAUAUAACAACACUAGAAAUCUUUACAGACGUCUGCUCCAGAGAACCAAACAUGUCAAGGUGUGGAUAAGUUUUGCCCAAUUUGAGAAGACAACAGGUCAUCCUGAGGCAUUAAAGAACACUCGUGGCAUAUAUCAGGAAGCUGUCUCCUCACUCAAAAACUCAGAUGAGAAAGAAGAGCGGUUGAUGAUACUGGAAUCUUGGCAGGCAUUUGAGGCUGAAUGUGGAGAUGAGGAGUCACAGAAGAAGGUUGAGAAGUUGUUACCACAGAAGGUGAAGAAGCGAAGGAAGAUCCAGACAGAUGAUGGGACUGAUGCAGGCUGGGAGGAGUAUUAUGACUACAUAUUUCCUGAUGAAACUACUGCUCAACCUAAUCUCAAACUACUCGCCAUGGCUAAGAAAUGGAAACAGACUCAAGCCGAGAAAGAAGGUUCCGAUAAUGACAAUGAAGACUCCAUGGAAACUGCUUCAGACUGAAACA